GGAGUGGAGGUCCGUUCACGUUCCGCACGAUUCAGCCUAACAUCCUGACCAACAACCACCACCAGUCCGACCCAAGGGAGGAGCUUUGAUUGAUCUGUGCCAUCAUCCUGUGUGCGUUUCGUGUGAUUUCUUGUUGACGGAGACUAGGCACGUCGUCGGUCGUGGAGUGCUUGCGGUUUCCGAGGCGCGCGUGUCGCGAAAAUUUCCCAAUUUCCCGUAGUCUGUGCGACCUCGUUCGGUUGCCGUAUUUCUGGGUGUCCUCCGCAGAGUGCUUUCUAUUUUUCUGCCUAUGAACAAAACCACCACCCAUCCCUGAUAGCGGAAGGCCAACCAUCCAACCUACCAACCACCAGUCACUACAGUCAGUGUGUGGGAACCAGUGUCAAGGAAAAUUCCAACAGAGUGAAGGAUAAUCCACAUAGGUAGCGAGCGAAGGGAACCAGCAGGGGUGUGUGUGAGUCCGGCGCGGGAGUAGGGUGGGAGUGCAAUUCAAUGCUGCAGUGAGUACAAGUUUGCAGUCGUCGUCGUCAGAGUCAGUGUCGUCCCCCACCCUCAGCAUUGAAAAAUAUUUUCUGCAGAGGAAAAAUAGUGAGCCUAUUAAGUGCGGUGUUGCUGACGGUCGGUGGUCCAAUUCAGUUCCAAUUCCGGUGCUUGGGCGGAAGGCAAAUUGCGAAGCCGCAGCGCAGCAGGCAGUGAAGGGAAAGUGACGUGAUUUUUCGCCACCACCGAAGUAGGCCUCUCUGUGUACGGGGAAAAUCCGCGCGUGGCUUCGUUGGUGUGCGUGUGUGUAUGUGCCAGUGCCUGUGUAGUGUGUAGAGAGUAGGCCUAACCUUCUCGCAAUCUCGAGUUGGGCGGAAUUGUGGAUAGGCAGUCAGUCAGUGUGGCACUGGAAAAUCGAAAAAGAUUGUGCUGUGUUCUGGCACUGUGGAGGAGCUCCGCCACGGGACGAGUCUGAGUCAAUAGGCGGACGGGGCGAGUGGAGCCAAAUCCUAAGCUGAGCAGAAUUACCUUUGCUCCUUCGGCGGUGGCCAUCAAGUGCACAAUAGUGCAGAAGAAAAAAAAGUGAUACUCGGAAAGUUUUCGCCGUUGGGGUAAUUUAGAAAGUUCGGUGAAAACGUGCUCAUCUUUCGUCGUUUCGGGUGGGAUUGAAGCUCAAGCUCGAUGGCUUGGGGUUAUUGGAGUGCGACGGCCGUCGAUCGGGGACGGUCCCCGCGACGGAACACACAGCAACAGCAAUAUCCCUAUCAAAAUCAAAACUACCAGCAGUAUAGCUUAGCCCAGUCUCAGCACCAGCAGUCUACGCAAUGCCUCAACAGCUGUCCACAGGUGGCGGAACCUCCGCCACCUGUGCCACCGCAACAGACUGUUGUUCAACAACAACAGCAGCAGCAGCAGCAACAACAACAGCAACAACAGCAGCAGCAAGUUUGCGGCAGUCCAUGUCACAGUCCCUGUCAUAGUCCCCAGUUUAUCGAGCAGAUUCCGCCGGACCUGCCCUGCACUCCGGUUUGCACGUACUCACGUCGACAGUCACUUGAUAGUCCACAGGCCAAUCAACUGUCGGACAUCAUUUGCCGGGCGGCCCAGCCUUCAAUCCAAUCGGCCGGCAACACCUUAACGAGGGGAGCGUCCUUGCGGGACAACGGUGACUACGCGGUCCCUCAUCCUCAUCCCCACACGCACCACUACAUGACCACGUCCGAUACGCCGCGAACCCUCAGUAGGGUGGGAUCGUGUCCGGGCUCGACGGGCGGGUCCGGCUCGGCACACGGGUCCGGGUCGGGAUCCAGUCCCGGUGCCGGGCCUGGGAGCAGCGGAGGAGGCGGCGGUGGAGGGCGGGAAUCGAUCAUGGGCAGCAGCAUGGGUAUCUGCGGGAUGGGAAUCCUGGGCGGGAGCCAUGGGACGGGGCUGGAGUACGUGGAGUGUUCGCACUACGACCGAAUGCCGUUGCCGAUCCCGGUGAAGAUACCGGUGGUGCCGCCACCGCAGAUGCACUCCGAGGAUGAAAUCGAGCCGGCCUAUGCUACAGUAUUUCCAAAUGUCCCGACGGCUCCGGGAAUGUCCUGCAUCGGCGAGGACCGAAGCAUCUACCGAAGAGGUGCCCGGAGAUGGCGAAAACUGUACCGAAUAAACGGUCAUAUAUUCCAGGCGAAACGAUUUAAUCGGAAAGCCUUCUGCGCGUUCUGCCACGAUCGCAUCUGGGGCCUCGGCCGGCAGGGCUUCAAGUGCAUCCAGUGCAAGCUGCUGGUGCACAAAAAGUGCCACAAGCUUGGCAACAAACCGUGCAGCAACGAACAUGUGGAACCGGUCUACAAGGAGCGUGAUCAUCAGGAUCUGAACGACGAAUCCAGUACCGGUGAUGUGAUCCAACCUCCGCAGGAUUAUCCGUCCGAGUACAUCCAUUCGGAUCCAUCAUGCGAUCAGGUCCCGGUGGAGGCUUCCGACAACGUGGAGGAACCGCUGGAACCAGGAACCCAGCGACAGUAUUCGCUCAAUGACUUCGAACUAAUUAGGGUCAUCGGUCGCGGUAGCUACGCCAAGGUAUUGAUGGUCGAACUAAAGAAGACCCGAAGAAUCUACGCGAUGAAGGUCAUCAAGAAGGCCCUGGUGACGGACGACGAAGACAUCGAUUGGGUUCAGACGGAGAAGCAUGUCUUCGAGACGGCUUCCAACCAUCCGUUCCUGGUCGGGUUGCACUCGUGCUUCCAAACGCCCUCUAGGCUGUUCUUUGUGAUCGAGUUCGUCCGCGGUGGUGAUCUGAUGUUCCACAUGCAGCGCCAGCGCCGUCUUCCGGAGGAGCACGCCCGAUUCUACGCGGCCGAAAUCAGCUUGGCGUUGAACUUCCUCCACGAGAAGGGCAUCAUCUAUCGAGAUCUGAAGCUGGACAACGUGCUGCUGGAUCACGAGGGUCACAUCAAGCUGACCGAUUACGGCAUGUGUAAAGAAGGUAUCCGUCCGGGCGAUACGACGUCGACGUUCUGCGGUACGCCGAACUACAUCGCGCCGGAGAUUCUCCGCGGGGAGGAUUACGGAUUCUCCGUGGAUUGGUGGGCUCUGGGAGUUCUACUGUACGAAAUGUUGGCUGGACGUAGUCCGUUCGACAUUGCCGGCGCUUCCGAAAAUCCGGAUCAGAACACCGAGGACUACCUGUUCCAAGUGAUCCUGGAAAAGACAAUUCGUAUUCCACGUUCGCUCAGCGUCAAGGCCGCCUCGGUACUCAAAGGUUUCCUCAACAAGAACCCGGCCGACCGUCUCGGCUGCAACCGGAACUCCGCCUUCAUGGACAUCGUCAAUCAUCCGUUCUUCAAGAGCAUCGACUGGGAGGCGCUCGCGCAAAAAGAGGUCUCUCCGCCGUACAUUCCGUCGUUCGAUGGGUGCGACCAGGACAUCACCUGUCACUUUGAUCCGCAGUUUACGCGGGAACCGCCCGAGCUGACCCCGGACGAUCCCCGCGUAAUUGACAAGAUCGACCAGAGCGAAUUCGAGGGCUUCGAGUACGUGAACCCGCUGCUAAUGUCGCUGGAAGACUGCGUUUGACAUCACGCAUCCUGCGAGCUGCAUCCGUACAAUAUGCAGCAGAUUUACGGUGACGAUUCGAGCGAUUACGAUUCCGUUGUGGAUGAACUAAGUAUUCUUCAAUUACCUCCGCCGCCUCAGAAAAGUCUCCUGCAGCACAUGUUCUGCCUGCCACUGAACUAACACCAAGGUCCCUCUUUCAUUUGAUUGGAUUUAUUUUUUUUUAGCCAUCGAUACUUAAUCUUAGUUUGAUUUGACUAACUGAAUUAUGCACGCACGAAAAAAACCCAAACUUAUAUAAAUAUUAUCGGCAACAAAAUCUGAAACAAUUGGAUUAGCACUGAGAAAAAAAGAAGUACAGUGAAACCAGCAGAGACACGCUACAAAAUUUAGUUCGUCGCGUGCGAGACUAACCUAAAACUUUCGAAACAUUCAAGUCCAAGAUAGAGUGAAAUUUAUAAACAAUUUAACAUGCGUGUGAGAAAAAAAGAAGAGAAUGAUUCUUUCGAAACGCCUCACUAGUUGCGAAAGAAAUGGAUAACAUUUAUUAUUCAACAACUAUUCAGUAUGGAAAACAGUUCCAUAAACAAAACAAGCAUUGAAACAAAAUAGAUAAACUGCACAGCGUUAACAACAGAAAAGACAAACUAAUUGCAUAUUGUAUAGGUGAAAAUGAAGUUUAGCUAAUAAAACAUUAUUCAAGCGCAAAAUUAUUAAGACAAUUGAGGAGAUUUUAAACUUUUAAAAAAUCAAACACUGGAAGAAAAAGACAGAAAGUUAAGAAAAUUGAUUUACUGAUUAGAACUAAAUAAAUUGCAAUUGAGAAAGACGAAAUCCUAACAGUAGUGAACCGCGUUAGAUAAAUCAUUCAAAUUAUUCAAAACCACAAUGGGAAACGGUAAAAAGAAAAGACAUUUUUAUAAACCAUUUGAUGAAUUACCUUAACCUAGAAAAAAACUGAGAAACGGUGAGACCCACUCUAGCUAUCUAUCCAAACGCAAAAAAAAAGCAAAUCUAUUCCUGUAGAAACGUAAUCAAAGGUGGGACGACUGUUCACUUAUUGACAAACUUAAAGAAAAAAGUCAACACAUUCCAUUGAUGAUGAAACUCCUUUCCAAGCAUAACCUUUAACGAAAACACCUGUUACCUGUUAGUAGAGUACUUUGUUUAAUCGUCUGUGAAUAUAUUUUUCCUAUGAAAAAGAAGAAGAAGAGAAACACGCUUCUCCCACACACUACACUGGUGGGGAAGGAUACUGUCCAUUCCAUGGCGUGCUGCGAUCUGUUUACAACAACAACGCUUGCGAUCGUGAUGUGCCGAAUCGAUUAUUUAGGUUAGAUCUAUUCGUUUUCAUAUGUGUGUAUGACAACAAUAACAACCGCAACAGCGAACUCUGUUGCGCAACUUUCAUUCAUAUUAGUUAGUGUCGAGUUAGGUUAGGAAGAAAACUUCGGAUUCUACGUGCGACGGUUUGGCUUCGUUUCGGUUCGCUUUUUUGUUUUUGUUAGAAAAGUAUUACUCGUAUUAAAAGUACUUAAGUUUAGACAGUUAGGGAAAAUAAAGGAAAUUUUUCGAUGACCCUGAAAGAAAUCAAUGGGUAGGUGAUCGAAACGUCGAAGCGGUGUGCACGUUGGAUUCUUAGUUUGCAACUUAUAGUAUUUAUUUAUGUUUGCUCUUUCGUUCCGAUUUCUGUUAUGAUUGUAUUGACACAGUUGUACUUACUUAUCUAGAAAAUUGUACUUAACAAGUAAUUUUGUUCUACUUAGGUUCAAAUCAUUUCUCACAUUCGUACUGAGGUGUUAUCAGUAUUUUUCCGCGCUCUAACACUCUUUCUUCCAACAUGUUAAAUUUAAAAAGAAGAGAAGAAACAAACGAUUAUAAUGAGACAUUAUUACAAUGAAGAAAAUAAAUGCAUAAUUUGAAUAUUUCGAAUAA